AUGGCUGGCGAAAUCAUCACCGGCGAGUGGAUCGUGACACUUAAGCCAUAUGCCAACGAAGCCCUUGAGGAUGAGCACAUAUCUUACAUCAAUGACCGUAACAAUGAUCCAGGGACGCACUUCCACUGCCGUGUCCGAGACCGCUUCUGCCUGCCUGAGCUGCGUGGCUACACAGCCAAGUUCGACGACGAAACCAAAGCAGAGCUGGAGGACCGCGCCGAGGUAGCCACCAUCGAGCCCGUCCAGAUUUACCGCCACUGCGCCACCGUCCAGAGCGGCGCGCCCUGGGGCCUCGCCCGCAUCUCCACCCGAACCAGGCUGCCGGCCACGGGUCCCUACGACUACCGAUACGACGCCACGGGCGAGGGUUCGGUCGCCUACGUGAUCGACACGGGCAUCAACGACGCCCACGUCGAGUUUGAGGGCCGCGCCACGAAAGGCGCCAAGUUCGUGAGCCUGGGACCGGCCGGGGACGAGGACGUCAACGGCCACGGCACGCACGUGGCCGGCACCAUCGCGGGGAAGACGUACGGGGUGGCCAAGAAGGCUGAGGUGGUGGGCGUUAAAGUGUUCAACGACUUCCCGCGGCCCGGUGCCACCAAUGGCGAUAUCAUCCGUGCGCUCCAGUGGGCUGUGGACGAGGCGAAGAAGCACGGGAAGCCGUCGGUGGUCAACAUGAGCCUCGGCGGGGGUGCCAGCGACGCCUUGGAUCGUGCCGUCGCGUCGACCGUUCGGUCCGGGGUUGUCGUCUGUGUGGCUGCUGGGAAUGACGGACAACCUUCCCACCUUGGCUCUCCAGCCCGCGAGCCGCUAGCCAUCACCGUUGGCGCAACUACUAUCGAAGACGCCGUUCCACCCUUCUCGAGCUGGGGGAAAAUAAUCGACAUCUUUGCCCCAGGUGUGGCAAUCCAAUCAUCCUGGAUCGGAAGUCUCACGGCGAGCGCGACCAUUAGUGGAACAUCCAUGGCUUCUCCCCACGUUGCAGGAGCAGUGUGCUGCCUGCUUGGGCAGGAAAAGUUGGAGCCUCUCCUCGUCAUGCCGCAGCUUCUGAUCUGGGCGGACAAGAACAAGCUCUCGGGCCUGCGUGAUCGGAGUAUCAAUGCGCUUCUGCAAGUAUCUGACGCUUCCACGUGAGGCAACUUGGAUUGAUGCGCUGGAGGGCAUCACAGGAUGUCUCUUAGGCCUGAGCAUUGUGGAAGUGAGGGUUGUUUACUCGGGUGCGAAGGAGAAGUGAAGCAGGCGACUCAGC